AUGCCAUUUACGUUAAAAUACAUAUUCCUGAAACAUCAUAUAUCAAAGUACAGGUCGGCGGGAGUGCGUUUUGCCUCGUUGCUUGGUUUUAGUUUCGAUGACAACUACCAUUAUACGAGACUGAAGAAGAAUCAAGUGCCCGUGAAGAGAUUACCAGACGUGCUUGUUAUUGGCGUCAAGAAAUGUGGGACAAGAGCACUACUGGAGUUUUUAAGGUUACAUCCAGAUGUCAGGGCUGCGGGGUCAGAGGUCCAUUUUUUCGACAAAUUUUAUCAUAAAGGCUUUGAAUGGUACAGGGACAAGAUGCCGCCUACAUUAGAAGGUCAGAUAACCAUGGAAAAAACCCCAUCUUACUGGGUGACGAGGUCAGCACCAAAAAGAGUAUACGCUAUGAAUCCUGAUGUCAAGCUUUUAGCAGUGUUACGGGAUCCGGUUACUAGAGCCAUCAGUGAUUAUACUCAAUCAGCGAGUAAAAGACCUUCGCUCCCUCGCUUCGAAGACCUUGCUUUAAUUAACAACUCAGCAGGAUGGGGCAGUUCAUCAAUGGUUGAUGCUACAUGGCCCCCAGUCAGAUUAGGCGUAUAUGCCAGACCUUUGAAGAGAUGGCUACGGAGAUUUCCGAGGUCGAGGCUACUGCUGAUUAACGGAGAGAGGCUUAUUGUGGAUCCUGCGGCGGAAAUGGCUAGAGUACAGGAAUUCUUAGGCCUCAAGCUAGUGAUAACUGAAAAGCACUUUUACUUCAAUUCCACGAAGGGCUUCCCGUGCUUACUAAAGUCAGAAAGUCGUUCCACGCCUCAUUGUCUGGGAAAGACAAAAGGCCGAAGCCAUCCUUACAUAGAUCCUAAAACUAUAGAAAGACUAAGAGACUACUAUAAACCGUUUAACAAACAGUUCUAUCAGCUCGCUGGUAUCAAUUUUGGAUGGCCUUAA